AUGUCUAAGGAUGAUGUGGGCUGCAAGUUGACCUCAGUCUACAAGCACAAGGAGAGGAAGCCAAAAAAGCCUCACUAUAUCCCGAGGCCAUGGGGCAAGCCAUACAACUACAAAUGCUUCCAGUGCCCCUUCACCUGCAUGGAGAAGUCCCACCUCUACAACCACAUGAAAUACAGCCUGUGCAAGAACUCCCUCUCUCUCCUCAUCGAGUCUGACUGGCCCUACAAGAAGGGCAACCUGCUGCACCCAGAGCUGCGGCUGCUGCACGCAGCAGAGACCUCCCGCCUGCAUGGGGAUGAGCAGGAGACCUGCAACUCCUCAGCCACAUCAGGAGGGUCGGUGAGGACCAAGCAGAACAUCAGGGACAGCCACGAGGACAAGCCAAUGACAGGGGUGGACAUCCUGCCUGCUGGUGAGGGGGCUGGUGAAGAAGGUGGCCAUUUCCAAGAGGAGGAGGAGGAUGUUGCUGGCCUCUUGAGGGAGAUUGAUGCAGGAGAGAAGGAGAAGAUGGCAGAGGCGGGUUGCCAAGGUGACCCAACUGAACCAGAAGUGAAUACUUUGGUCUUGGGUUUCAAGAACAAGAGGGACAAGCCUUGCAAAGAGGUGGAGCCCGACUUCAUCAUCACAGAUGUCUUCUCCCUCAAGAACCAUGUCAUGAAAAGCAGGGAAAUGGCCUCCCCAGACCUAGAUGCUAAGCCAAAGCAUUGCAAAGUGCCAAAGAAAUGCCUGACUAGCAGCGGGAUCCUCAUGGAGCAGUGGAAACUGGUGGCAAAUGGGCAAAGGAGGAACACACCUGAGGUCUCCUCACCUUGUACUGACAGCAACAUCAUCCCAUGCUACCCCCCUCCAGCCUACAGCGACUACCACGAACCUCAGGGCCUCAACCUCUCACUGCUGGGUAUUAACUACCCAUUAAACCCCAGUCUCUUCUCCUACCUGAGCCCCACCAUGGCCAACAGUACUACAACACACCAACACUUGGCUCAGCUGCCCUUUCUGGCCUCCACAGCCCAGCUGAUGCACCCACAUGCUUCCCACUUCCAGCCUCUGCAGAGCCCUGAGCGCUCAGCCUUCCUUCCCCGCUUCUACUACCCCUUGCUCUUUGAGCACACCUUUGGCUCCACUGAAAGCAAGAUGCCCUCCAGCAAGCCAGAGGCCCAGCAGCUGAUGGGCUCUGUCAUGCCCACACCACCCCAAGCCAAACCUCCCAGUGAGCCAACCAAACCAGGGCUGCUGAAGGUCCCAGUUCUGAAGACAGGUUUUCCUUGGUCCAAAGGUGUCAGAGAGGAGCCAGCCUCUGAGCUCAGCCACCCUGCCGUGCUGGGGCAGGAGGAAGAGGAGAAAUGGUUGUGCCAGGAGAAGGAGAGCAACCCUGCACUGGGCCUCAGCAGCCUCCGCAAAAAGCCAUCUGCUGACAUCUACCAAAACAUGAUGGGAAUAAAGGAUGGUGCUUUUGCCCCCAGCAGCGUUCGGAAGACAGAGCUACCAGUGGUGACCUGUCUGGAGAACAACAGCCCUCCAGGCAACUCCCUGAAGAGGAAGUUCUCUGCCAGUGGGCUGGAUUUGAUAGGACCCGAAAGGCUGAUGCCUGGAAAACUCGGCUACCAGAGCAGUGCUUCAAGGGACAACCCAGGCCACAUCCCCAAAGCCCUGAACCACUGGCACAUGGAGGUCUUUGCAGGCCAACCUGAGGAACUAGAGAGGGCCAACAACACUGAAGUUCUCCCCUCUGUGAGUGAUGGCCUGGACCAUGGCUCCUGCAAGCAGAGCAGACCACAAGAGACUUCUGACACCAUGACAGACUCUGAAGCCACAAACGUGCUUAUAGGGGAGCUGUCCAAAACCUUAGAGGAGUAUCAAGAGGUGGAGAAGAAACUCUCUGAUCUGGCGAAGGAGGACACCCCUGGGCAAAAGGAGCUGAGGGACCAGCUGGUCAAAAUCCGAAGGGAGCUCUACCACAUCCACGAGGCACUGGAGAAAGCCACCAAACCCCAUGAGGGACCUUUGGACCUCUCGGUGAAGAGAUCUUCAGAGGGUCUGGAGAAGGUCCAGCAGGCCAAGAAGGAGCCCUGCAACAUGAGCUUGGGAAGUGAGAAGCUCCACAUCAAAGACCAAGGGGCCCUCAAAUGUACAGCCCCCGGGGAGGCUGGAGACGGGGGAGAGCUGCCAAAGUGCCUCCUUGAGGCUGAGAACAAAACCAUCGACCUGCUGAUCAAGAUGAGCCGCUCCGAGAGCCUGCGGGCAUCCUCCUCGGAAGCACACCUGGGUGCUGUCAUCAAAGCUGAGGUCCUGCCCCUCACCAUGCCCCUGGAGCUCCGGAGCGUGAUGGAGCCCUACUACAGCCGUACCACCAAGUGCGAGGCUGACUCCAGUGUCCUGCUGUGCUCCGAUGGCAGGUCUAGCACCAGCCAGGGCCCUCAGCUCCCGGUCCCCAGCGAGGACGUGCCGCUGGGCUGCCGGGCCAUGCAGCACUCCCUGUCCUGCAGCCUUCCCAGCGAGACAGACACAGGCUGUGUCCACAGCCCUUUGCAUGCUGACCCCUAA